UCAUAUAUUCUCUGAUACGGUUCUCAAAGCCAAAUGUCUAAAAAGUAAUGACGACUAGCAUCAGCCCCCUUGGGAAACGAAUGACGUCUCAUAUGUGACUUUUUCGUGUUGAUCGUAAAAAGGCUGCAUUAUAUAAAAUGAGGGAGAAAUUGUGACUUUUAUCCGAGCUUGCAGUGGGGAAGUUGUAUAAUAGGUACAUUGCCAGUGGUACAAGAGGGAAACACUGCAUCGGCUAAAGAUCAAACUUGUGAGCAGUGGACAUUCAGCACUUAGGACAGCUCCUCAUUGCCUCCGCAACUAGUCAGCAUCUGGGAAAUCCUCUGAGCUCACAGGCUUAGUUAAAGAGAUGGAGUGUAAAAGUGGAUCACCAUUCCUCAUAUUCUUCACUCUAUUAAGUAUUAUAUAUUCACAAGCAUUUGGACUGCCAGCUCUUGGGACGUACUCUGCUAUGAGGCUGGGAAAUGCAGUGAAUUUUGAUGGAGAAACAGACAAUGAUCAGACACAGGGAUCACUAAAGGCUAGCAAUGGCAUGUUGCAGACUUCUUUACCUGAAAAUGAAAACUUCUAUGUUGAUUUAUCUAGAGCAAUGGGAAGGGCUACAAGACAUGCAGAUGGACUUUUUACAAGUGGAUAUAGUAAACUCCUGGGCCAGCUGUCUGCAAGACGAUACUUAGAAUCUCUCAUUGGAAAACGAGUGAGUAAUAAUAUGGUUGAAGACCAGAUGCCAGCCAAGCGCCAUUCUGAUGCUAUAUUUACAGAUAACUACAGUCGCUUCCGAAAGCAAAUGGCAGUGAAAAAAUACCUCAACUCUGUCUUAACUGGAAAGAGAAGCCUGGAAGAAAUAAGCCCCGCAAGUCUUCGAGAAGAUGUGGAUGUGAGCGAGCCUUCAUUUUCAGAAAACUACGAUGAUGCGACCGUCGAUGAGCUACUGAAUCACCUACCCCUGACUCUGUGAAGAACAUAUGUUGAUACCUGGAACACAUUUCCCUAUUUUUCUGAGCAGUGACACAAGGCAAUUUCUCCAGUAUUAAAACCAAAACAAAUAUGUUGUGAAGUGCAAAUUGUGAUAUAUUUGUUUCUUAUAUACAUAUAUAAAUAUAUAACAGUUGAUGUUUACACUGUAAAUAUUACUUAAGAAACUUGAGCUUAAUGCUGUACAUAUGGAUGCAAGCCUUUGAUUUGUGUACAUUUUGUGAUUUCAUAUGCUGUAAAUCAUUUUAUUUCAAUAAAUGCAUUGCAAAGAAGAAUUUACAAGACAAUAUUAAACUGUAACCUACCACUUCAUUUAACUACAAUAAUUUGAUGAUUUGCUUUACUGAUGUGACUGGAUCAAUUUCCCAAAAGAAACAUAUAUCAAUACAGAUAAUUUACAAUACUGCCUGUCACAUUGUGAAUAUGUAAAUCAUCACUUGUCUAGCAAUGCAGUUUGAAAAAAGUAUACAGAAUGCUAUAUUUAUCUAGUAAUGCGAAUGGAGAGUGUGAUUAUAACGCAUUAUGUGAGGAAUUUUAGUAAGGGAACAUGGAGUUACAGCACAGACAUUUGGGAAGAAAGUAAAUGAUGAUACAGAAGACAUCUAGUCAUUCUGAAGGAAUUUGCAAUGAUAAGAAAGCAAAUAUAUACAGCAAGUCAACAGGUGAAUAAAAGGAGUUAGCUCUCAAUGUUUCUGUGGAACUUUAGUGUAGGAAGCAUUCAGAGAUCAAAAUAUGUUAGCAAAUGCUCAAAACAGGCAACAACUUAUUCAAAGAUUAGAGCAUUGGCUGAGGACUCCACAACAACACAGGCAUGCAUAAGGUUAGUAAAUAGUAAAUACUUGGGCAAAUCUAAAAGCAAAUUUACAAAAACAGUAGUACAAGAUAUACUUUGCCUUGAAUGUGACAUAGGUACAAGAAGUAACUCCAUAGUCUUUCAUUAGUAUAGUGAGUCUGACAAGAACAAAAUAUUAAUCAGAGAGGAAAGUCGAAUCCUGUCUUGAUAUGGUGUGCGUAAGUUAAGGAUGAGUUUGCUAUGAUUCUCAGCUUCAUGAUUCGAAAGGAAUUCAGGGUUUUCCUAGCAAGUUUCCAUAGAUGGGGAUACUCCAUCUAAGCUGAAGCCAUUAUAUUAGUAUUGCAUUUAUCCCAAAGGCUUGCAUGCACUCAGGCAUUACAAUACUGCAAACACUGAACACAAUUUACUUUUAAAGUAUGUUUCCUAUAACUAAACACUCAACAAUAAAAAUGCCUGAAAUGUAUCCUUUAUUUUUGAUGCCAGUAAAUGGACAACUUUUCUACCUAGAAUUGCCAAAACGCGGAUGUACUAUUAGGGAUAAAAGAACUACUAUGCCCUUCCAUUUAUUUGUAUGUAAUUAAUUCAUUCAGGGUUAAAACAUAUAAAUAUGAUUUUUAUUUUUUUUUGCCAAAGCACCUGUCUUUAUGUAAAGUAGAACUGAUGACAUUGGAAAUAAUUUUUUAAAAAAAAAUGAAUGUAACUUGUGAUAUAUGCAGCAAAUAAAGACAUUUUAUUAUCAUUGCAA